AUGACUAAUGUACUUGAAGCCAUCGCCCGCCUUAAGGAGCGCUUUAUUGGCAACUAUGUGUUCCUGCGCACCAUCGGCAAAGGGUCCUUUGCCAAGGUGCGGUUGGCCCGCCACAGGUUGACGGGUAGGGAGGUGGCCAUCAAAGGCAUUAGCCAUCGUGACAUAAGUAGAUACUUUGAUGAAACACGUAGCCUCAAGCGUCUAAAUCACCCCAACAUAGUAAAAUUAUUUGAGGUGAUUGCCACUCAGGAGUACGUUUACAUUGUCAUGGAGCACGUGAGCGGAGGGGACCUAAGGGAACACCUGCACCGCCACGGCCGCAUGAGCGAGGGGCAAGCCCGAGCCAUCUUCCGUCAGGUCGUAUCCGCGAUGCAGUAUUGCCACCAGCAGGGAGUCGUCCACCGGGACCUGAAACCAGAUAACAUCCUCAUCGAUGGUGAGGGGAACAUCAGAGUGGCCGACUUCGGCUUUGCGAGGGUGUUCACUAACUACGAGUUGAGUACCUACUGUGGCACCAUAUCUUACAUGGCCCCAGAAAUCUUGAGGAGUGAAAUCUAUGACGGCCCGAAGGCGGACGUCUGGAGCCUGGGGGUGGUGUUGUACAGAAUGUUGGUGGGGGAGUUUCCGUUUGAGGGGGGCUCUUACGGGAAAACUGUGCAAGCAAUACUAAGGGGGAAUGUCAGUCUGCCGGACUUUCUUUCGGAAGAAAGUAAAAGCCUAUUGAAAAUGUUAUUUACCCUCGACCCCAUGAGAAGGCCAACCCUAAGCGAUGUGAUGAGCGACCCAUGGAUAAACAUGGGACAAGAACAGGAGCUGAGGCCGUACAGUGAGCCACCUGGGGGUGACAUUGACCCCCAGGUGGCAGCGAUAAUGGAGGGCCUAGGCUUUAAGGAGGAGGAGAUAAAGAACUCCCUCUCCAAAAAAUACUACGACAGUGUAAUGGGUACUUACCUAAUCUUGAAGACAGUGAAAGACACGAGGAAGGUCCUCACCAUCCGGGUGAGGCCCUACUCCCCCCCUGAGUCCGACAGCGGGACGGAGACAGAGGAGGCUGUCAUUUCCUCCAGCCGCCUGGGGUCGCUAACGAGCACUCCCUCGAGCGCCGAAAAGCAGCUUCCGGCCCCCCCACCCAGCCCAGCGUCCGGCCGCAGCGCGUCCCUAGCCAGACGGGAGUUGAGGACGGCCACCCCCUCCGCAGAGGGAACCACCGCUGACUCCAGCCUCCAGCAGCCUGACGGGGAGACCACCACCUCCGCAGAGGGAACCACCGCUGACUCCAGCCUCCAGCAGCCUGACGGGGGGACCACCCCCUCCGCAGAGGGAACCACCGCUGACUCCAGCCUCCAGCAGCCUGACGGGGGUACCCCAGGCCUCCAGCAACCUGACGGGGGGACCCCAGGCCUCCAGCAGCCUGACGGGGAGACCCCAGGCCUCCAGCAGCCUGACAGGGAGACCCCAGGCCUCCAGCAGCCUGACGGGGGGACCCCAGGCCUCCAGCAGCCUGACGGGGGGACCCCAGCCUCUCCCUCUGGCCACAGUCCGGGCUGGCAGCGGGUGGCUCGGCGAGCCUUCGGUUUUUGCCUCAACAUGUUCUGCUGCUGCGGGCCAGCCAGGAAGAAGCUGCGUCUCCGAAGGACGCAGGUGAAGCCGACGUGA